AGCUGUCUGCGCAGAAGCGUCUGCGCCGUCGUUGCCCACGUCCAGCCGUCCCAAGUGGCAAGCAGGUUGCCAGCCCAGCCCGCCGGUCGCGUCGCUUGUGUUCCUAGCCGGUGGCGAUGUCAGCGCUGGAGUGGUUCGCCCACAAGUCCUUGGGCGGCGGCAUCUACUGGAUCCAGGAGCGCUUCUAUGAGUCGGGCAACCGGGCCAACAUUUGGCUAGUACGCGGCUCGCAGCGGGACGUGGUGAUCGACACUGGGCUGGGACUGCGCAGCCUUCCCGACUACCUUUACUUGGCGGGGCUUCUGAGUCCCGAGGCGGCAGGCGACGAGGGGCAGCGCCCGGGGGAAGAAGAGAAGGAGCCUCCGGGGAGCUGCGGCCGGCGGAGGCCGUUGCUGGCCGUGGCCACCCAUGUGCACUUCGACCACUCGGGCGGGCUGCAUCAAUUCGAGGAGGUGGCCGUGCACAGCGCCGAGGCCCCGGCCCUGCGCCGCGGAGACAACUACGAGACGGUUACUUGGCUCUCGGACAACGAGGUGGUGCGGCAGCCCAGUCCCGGCUGGAGCGCCAGGCAGUUCCGAGUGCGGCCGGUCCAGCCUACGCACAUCCUGCAGGAGGGCGACGUGAUCAGCCUGGGUGACAGACAGCUUACCGUCAUGCAUAUGCCUGGCCAUUCAAGAGGAAGCAUUUGUUUGCAUGACAGGGAACGGAAGAUACUGUUCAGUGGGGAUGUUGUGUAUGACGGUUCCAUGAUUGACUGGCUUCCCUACAGCAGGAUAAGUGACUACGUUGGAACCUGCCAGCGAUUGAUAGAAUUAGUGAAUAGAGGUCUUGUGGAGAAAGUCUUUCCUGGGCAUUUCAACACUUUUGGAGCUGAGCGGCUUUAUCGUUUAGCUUCCAACUACAUUUCUAAUGCUGGGAUAUGUCACAAAGUUUCUACAUGUGCAAUGAGAUCUCUUGCAAGUCUAGCACUUCGCGCAACAAAUUCUAGAACCACUUCAUAGUAUAGUAUAUAUGACAAGUAUUACCUUAAAAACCCAGUGGCUUAUGUAGGUUUUAUUUUGCCAGCACAAAGAUAACCUUUCAGUGGAAAAUCAGGCUGAUAAGCCAUUAAAGAUACUUAUUUUUACCUACUUCCUUCCUAUUUGAAGGUAUAAGCUAGUAGCUGUGCCAAAGCUACUGAUUUUUCCUUCUAUUUUUUCAAGGCAGGUUUGCACAUGAGCUGAAUGCUAUUUGACAGAUGUUCUACAUGUUUUGUAUUGUACAGCAUUUUGAAUCAUACGUGUGCUAAAAGAAGUUUUACAUUCAUGUCCAACUUUUUGAUGUUUUUAGUUAGGAAUUUAUGUUUAAAGUAUAUUUAUAAUGGCUGAAGUUUCUUAUAUGCAGUAUACUGGGGUGGGAGAAGUUGUAACAUUCCACUGUCUCAUUGAAUGCGUAGUUAAGCACCCAAGAUUUUACUUUUCAUUGUACGUAUUGAAUGUAACACAGUGAUUACCAAAUGUUGUUAUAAAGCACUAAUCUAAGAGUAUAUUGCAUUUGAUUGUUUCUAAAACAGUAUGUCCGUGAAUAUUUGGAAUAUAUUGCUUGCUUUUUAAAUGUGACUUUUAAAAAAGAAA